GAAAGUUCCACAAUCAUAAGACAAUGGGGUUCCUGACUUGUCGUUUGUGGACUUUUCACGGUUAUUGAAACCUUUCCCAAAGGAAAGAUCACAGUCUGGCCUGGAUUCCCUCAUUAUCCGGCUCGAUUUAUAGCAAUGGUGUCCACUUCUUCAUGGAGCCGCCGUCUACUACGGCGCGUAGAGGUAAAUCGAGACACAGACACUGACGUGGACAUUUACGUCAACAAAGAUACUCGUCCGUUGCCUCCUUCCCGCAGAACAUAUGGGCCUUGGGAGUUUGUGGGGCUAUGGAUGGUCACCGGAUCUUUCAAUGUCGGAGGUUGGACGACAGGUUCUUCCUUGAUCUCCCUGGGACUCAACGUCUGGCAAUCGAUGAUUGCAAUCGUCAUCGCACACACCUUUGUCGGGUUUGUAUGCAUCGCUGGAGGUCAUCCGGGCGCAAAGUGGCAUAUCGGGUUUCCGCUUUGGAUGAAGCAGAAUUGGGGCAUUUGGGGUUAUCUGUUUCCCAUGGCUAUCCGAGUCUUCUUAUCUUUUGUAUGGACAGCCACCAACACGUGGUAUGGAAGCCAAUGCUUGAGGGUCCUCUUGACCUGCAUCUGGCCAUCGUACCUCAAUUUGGAUUCUGGGCUUGCGGGCGGGACGAUGAAAGUCUAUGACCUCAUCUCAUUCGUCCUGUACUUCCUGCUCUGUCUACCACUGAUCUGGUUCAGCCCAGAGAACUAUCGCAAGCCGUUCCUCUUCGCCUCGACGACGGUGGCGACGACCGUUCUUGUGCUGUUGAUCUGGUGCACCACUCGCGCCGGAGGUGGAGGUGCCCUUCUUGCAGAUGUAAGCUACGUCUCUGGUAUCGAGCCCGCACAAGGGGGAGACUUGGGCUGGGCUUUCGUAGCCGCGGUCACGGCAAACAUUGGAGGUAUUGCCACGCAUAUGUGGUCUCAGUCCGACUAUACCCGCUAUGCGCGGAAGCCAGGGGACCAGGUCCUCGCUCAGCUCAUCAUGGUGCCCCUCGGAACCAUCAUCGUGGCCUGUAUCGGGAUAAUCUGCACGUCUUGCGCGGCUACGAUCUACCCCGACGAAGGGAAACUGCUGUGGCAGCCCUAUGCCUUCCUCGAUGCUGUUCGCAAGAACGAGGCCAAUCCCGGCGCUCGCGCUGGGGUCGCAUUCGCCAGUAUCGCUUUCAUACUGUCGCAAUUUGGCAUGGUGGUUGCCUCCAAUUGCGUAGUCGCGGGUAUCGAUCUAGCCGCGCUGCUACCGCGAUGGUUCACGAUCCGCCGCGGGGGCUACUUCACCAUCCUCUUCGUCUUCGUCAUGCAGCCCUGGUCACUGCUUAACAGCGCCAGCAACUUUUUAACCGUGGUCGGCAGCUUCAACGUCUUCCUCGGUCCGCUCAUGGGAAUCAUGUUUGCCGACUACUUCCUCAUCCGCAAGCGGACCAUCAAGCUCACCGACCUGUAUGGUGACUCACCCGCCAGCAUCUACUGGUACACCAGAGGUUGGAACUUGCGGGCGGCCGUUUCUUGGGUACUCGGGGCUUGGAUGUUCAUUCCCGGGUUAGCGCAGAGAGCUAUGGCACCUAGCGAGGUUUGGGCCGGGUGGACGAGACUUUACCAGUUGUCCUGGUUUGUGGGUUGUCUCGUAUCGGGGUCGAUAUAUCUCGCAUUCAACCGUAUCUGGCCCAUACCUGAGAAGCAGGCAGUGGAUGACCUUGAUUACUUUGGCACCUUUGGAGAUGCGCCCGUGGCUGAGCUGGACGCAAGCUCGAUAUCAGAGGCUGUGGGAGAAAAGUCGCGCGCGGGGCAAAAGGUCCAGAUCGUCUGACGCCAAUGGAAGUUCGUAUUAAUUGCCUGUUCCGUCGACUUUCCAAGUAGACUAGAACCCAAAAAUCUCUUCAUACUUCAAGCCACCGUCCCAAGUUGGAAAGAAGACAAGGAAAUGUCUCAAACCAUUUGUUCUUCGCC